AUGCAGAGGGCAGCAGUAUGCGACACGCCUGGAGGGCCUGAGAAAAUACAUUUGGGCAAGGCUCCAAUGCCAACGUUGGUACCUGGCCACGUCAUUGUCAACAACAAGGUUGUGGGAGUUAAUUUCCAUGACGUGAUGAGAAGGAAGAACUCUUAUCCUGGCAUCAGCUUUCCAACGAUUCUUGGACGAGAAGGUGUCGGCAUCAUAUCAGAAGUCUCUGCCGACGUCAAAUCAUUCAAAGUCGGUGAUCGAGUUACCUACACGUCAACAAACCACACAUACUGUGACUACUCGCUCGUCAAUGCUGGACUGGUGCAAAAGAUCCCUGACGAUAUUGAUUUCGAGACUGCUGCUUGUGCUACAUUGCAAGCUCUGACUGUGCAUUAUCUGGUUACGACCAGUCAUGAAUUGAAAAAGGGACAAUGGGCUCUCGUUCAAGCUGCAGCUGGUGGAACUGGAUUGUUGCUUGUUCAAGCCUGCAAGCUCUUGGGCGCAAAAGUAAUCGGGACUGUAUCCUCCGAAGCCAAAUUCGGCGAAGUGAUUCAAGCCGGCGCAGACCACGUCAUACUCUCAACCACACCACAUGACAAGUUUAUUGCCCAAGUAUCUGCUUGGAGUAACGGUGGUGUUCACGUAUCGUAUGAAUCCGUUGGACUAGCAACGUGGAAGCUCUCACUAGAUGCCCUUCGUCCGAGAGGAUCCCUCGUCGCAUACGGACAGUCUAGUGGACCAAUCCCACCAAUUAACGCCGGACAAUUGAAUGGAAGCAAGAAGUUUGUUACUGGGUCGUUGAUUGAUCAUAUCUCUGAUCCUGAAGAGUAUCGUUGGAGGAUGAAUGAGGUUUGGGGAUGGGUGAGAUCUGGCAUGAAGUUCAAGAUCUAUAAAGUCUAUGACCUGAAAGACGCGGAUCGAGCCCAUGUCGAUCUGGACAGUCGCAAAACAAUUGGAAAGCUCCUCUUAAAGCUUUGA